UCCGGUUCUUUGAGUGACGUCAUCACGCACCUGUUGCUCAUUAGCGCUGUGACGGCUCCAGCAAGGCCUUCUUUUAACGAAACAACAAAACAAAAGCGAUUUGUUUUGCUUGAAUUACGAAGAAAAUGAUUCCAUUGGAGAUAUUCCCAAUCAUUGUCACAAUACUACUUCCUCUAGUUGACGGAAGUGUUGGUGAAGUUGCAUUUUCGAUUUGCUGGAUGGACAUGAACCACUUUUUGGAACGCAAUGAUGGCAGCAUUUGGCUCAACGACACCGACUUAAGUCCCAUUGCAACAGUGGGCAAGAUGACGUCACUGCCUUUGCCCGCAGCCGUGGAAAACAAGCUGGCUCUGGAGUAUGGAGAGACAAUUCACACGUGGACUUUGACCAUUUCCCCAGAUGCCAUGCAAACCAAAGUCAAUGGGCGACAGAAACCGCAGAAACAUCCAACAUUUACCACACAGAGUAUGCUGGAUUUGUUGGACCCUUACGAGGACUUUCCUUGUAAAAAUGGAACACUCUUCUUCUAUCAGGAGGACAACUUCUUCCUGGCUCUGGGUCACUCUGCGAGUUACCCAAUUGAAGUGCAGUCCAGGUCUUCCUCUACAUUGUUGUUCUCGUGGAAGGAGAACCAGGCAGUCCCAGUUUCUGGCAGCAGCAACACUGGGACUCUGUACCGCUUGGACCCGAGCUUUGAAGACCCGCUGAGCAAGGAGAUGAGCGCGGAUGGCCAGUUUCACUUCACCAACCUGUCCUCCUGCACCCUCUAUGUGAUGUGUGUGGACAUUGCAGACGCUGACCUCGUCCCGUGCCUCUCUUGCCUGACUGAUCCAGUCGUUCCAAUCCACUUUGAGGUUAGUCGGUGGAACAGCAGCAGCAUAUCUUUGACCUGGGACUUCCCGGAGAGAUCCAGGUUCUCCUCCUUCCUGCUGACAUCAUUCCAUCUGGAGGGCUCGCAGCGUAUGGUUGAGGACGUGCAGGCCACCAGCAACUUUACGCUGACUUUGUCUGAGUUGCAGCCCUGCGCCCAGCUCACGUUUGGCCUGCAAAGCGUCUGCCAGGCAGGGAGUGAGAGGCGCUACAGUGAAAUGAUCUUCAACCAUGGAAACGCUGCUCACUCCGGCAUUGAGGCCUUGCGUCUGAUCUCGCGAGGCCCCGACAACUACACGCUGGGCUGGGAGGUGAGGAGCACCCGCUCCAACCCCAUGUUCAAGAUCUUCCAUGAGGACACCCUGCAGAGCAUCACCCACGCUAACAACUACACGGUGAAGGGGCUGCUGCCCUGCCGCCGCUACCGUGCAAGAGUGGAAGCAGCUUGUGGGGAGACUAUGACGCUGCAGGUGCACACAGCCCCCCGCGGCGUGCUGGCGCUCAGGUACCGCACAAACGACUCCACGGCCUCAUGGAUCCCUGGCACGCACGCCUCGGCCUUGGUCUUUUCCUACGCCCUGUCCCUGGAGAACGGCAGCAGCCUUCAUGCGGGCAACCUGAGCGAGACGUGGCUUCGUCUGCCGGGGCUGCAAGAUAGCCAGACCUACAUCCUGGAGGUGUGGGAGCAGUGUGAGGCACACUGGAGGUCUGAGCGCACCACCUUGUGUUUCAAAGUGGACCGGUCCAUCUACGGCUUCCUCGUGAGCGGUGUUGGACAUCACGGCCAUCUGGACAAAGAAGUUCAUGCAAUAAGGUUUGUGGUGCCGGGUUCCCUGCCUGAGGAUGUGGACCACCAGAUCUCCGAGGCAACCGCAGCAAUGCUGGACAGCGUCCAAAAUAUGCUGCAGUUGUUGCUGAGUGAUUUCCAUCCAGCGGUGCGUGUUGAGCUAGCUUCAGUAGAACCUGCAGCUGAGCCCAACAACACCGAGGUUCUUCUCAUGCUUUUUGAGGCGGACCAACAAGAAGACUUCAUGCCGCUGCCGGUGCAACUUCACAUGGACUUCAUAGAAUCUCUCCACAACACUGAUGUCUCCGUUAAAGAUGGCGUCCUUCACUGGAACAGUGCAGAUGUGUGUGCGUCACACAGACACACGUGUCCCCAGAACUCACAAUGCAUCAACACGCUGGCUUCAUACGUGUGUGCGUGCAAGACAGGAUACUACGAUGUCAGCGCUGUGCUUUACAACACGCCUUCACACACCCACCCCGUCUGCAACGAGAAAGGACUUUUCAGUCAGUGCAAGGACUCGGUGAUGAGCGGCGGCCUGGCAAAGUCCUACUUGACGUCUUACAUCGGAGGCAAUGUGGACGUGAGGCUGAACGAUGGAAGGUGUCCGGUGGAGGAAAGUGGAUCCAUGUUCCACUUCCACACACCCAGGACUGUCUCAGAGUGUGGGACACGCAGGCGGGUGAACAAAAGUCACAUUGAGUUCCAGAACACCCUGACGGUGACGCUGAGCAAGGAAGAAGCCAUCAGUCGCAGGGACCUGAAAGUCAUGUGGAAGUGCGUCUACCCCUUGCACUACGUCCGGCAGGCCCAUGUGGGCAUUGACCUGAAGUGGCUCUCCGCCUUCUCUCUGGUGGAGUUCAACGCUUCCCUGCAGCUUGGCUUGACCAUGAGCCUCUUCAGCGACGUGUCUUACAGCAGCAGCUUUCAAGACUCUGUCGGCAUGGAGCCGGAGGACACGCUGUUCUUCCAGGUGGCGCUGGACACCAACAACUCCUUUGCCUCCGACGUCCUGGUGCACGUGGAGUCCUGCUGGGCCACGGAGAGCCCCGACCCACUGGAGGACCUUCAAGGCAUCUUCCUCCAGGACGGUUGUGCCAUGGACAAGACUUUCCGCUGGCUCUCUGCUAACGGCCAGGCUCAGAAAAGCAGGUUCAGCUUGCAGAUGUUCCACAUGCCCAAGGAACUGCCUCUCUUUUUUCACUGCUUGGCCACCGUAUGCGGACAUCAGGAGCAGUGUACCAAGAACUGCACCGGCCACCAGCGCACCCAGAGAGCCGUCAAGCAGAUCGCGGACCGGCGGUGGAAACAAGCCGCGGUGGUGUCCGCCGGACCCCUGGUGGUCAGCCGGGGGAGGUCAGGAGUGCGAGCACCUUCCUGGAUGCAGCACAUGACCAUGAUCUUCAUUGUCGUGGGAUCAGUCAGCAUUUUGGGAGUAACUUUAUUGUCAAUGAGUGCAACCAAAGCCAUCAUGUCCUUCUAUGAACGACGUAAAUAAAGCCUUUUAUUUCUACUUUUC